AUUCGAAGUAUAAAUGGGAAGUACAAAUCGUUAGAUAUCACGCUUUUUCAAGUACAUUAUGAUAAGAGUAGCCUAUAUAACGGUGGGAAAUCGUUGAACGGGCAUCGUUACGAGCGUGUUUUGCGAUGAAACUUUGUUCUCACGUUGAUAACAGAAUCUGUUACAACUGCUACCACCGUCAAAGAUGGGAUGAUAUUCUGAUAGAAUCCUUUUACGGGAGACUGUUUGAGUGUAGAGUGUUGAAAAUUACACAUUAGAAACAUCAAAAAAGUGAAGAAAUUAGCGAUUUUCAGUUGUGAAAGUCAUAUUUUUUUCUAAAAUGUGGUACGGAACAAAUUUACAAAGAUCUUAUAAGUAUAUGGUUUUUGCAAGCAAGAUGCCGUCUUUGAGGAUAGACCAGAGCGAUUUGAAGUGCAAGAACGGCUGCAACUAUUUUGGCAAUCCACAAUGGCAGGGCUACUGCUCAAAAUGUCAUCGGGAACAACUCCAGAGGCAGAGGAGGGCAGAAAAAGCAUCCUCCGCGACAUUGCCUCCGCCGGAACAGAAGAGACCGGAGCGAGCCCUCAAGCUCGCGUCGCAGUCCUUCUCCAAGUUCGAGGAGAAGCGCCUUCGCCAGAGCGAGACCCUGAAGAAGGCCCUGAAGUUUAGCGUCUUCAAGAAGAGCAGUACAGAUGAACAAGACCACACUCCCGAACGGAAACCUCCGGAAUUUAAAAUCCCCGCCAUGGUGAACGAGGGCAUGAAACGCGAGUUCCGGGUUCGAUUCCCGAUGCUGCCGACACAGGUGGACCGCGACGCGCGCGUAUUCGUGCACAGCUUCAUAAUGGACGUCAUCAAGUGCUCGAACGUCAUGAAUGUCGACGAGUUGUCCGAGCGAGUGCAAAGGCAUUACCAGCAUUUCAUGAAAUACAUGGACACGUCGCCUCACUUCGCCAACGCGGAGUCGGAAACCAAGGAGUUACUUAUCGACUUCGUGGAGAAACAUGCUAUGACUUACUUGCACGAUCUACCAGGCGUGGUGUUCUCGCCCAGCGGCACGGAAGACGAGCGCCUCGACCGCGCCAUGUCGGAGCGCAUCCAGCAGCUCAGCUGGGUCGGCAAGAGACACCUGGAAUGCAAGCUGGACCGCGCCAAUAUCGCUGGCUGCCAGCCGCUUUAUAAGGCCAUAAGUGAGCUGCUGGCUAUGGACGGAGCGCCGUCGCCGGGCGGCAAGCUGACGCGCGUGCGGCGCGCGUGUCGUCACGUGCUGGCGCUGUGCGGCGCGCCCGCCUCCGCUGACGAUCUACUACCGGCACUUAUAUUCACUGUGCUGAAAGCGAAUCCUCCGCGCCUAGUGAGCAAUAUCAACUUCGUGACGCGAUUCUGCAACGCGCAGCGACUUAUGACGGGAGAAGGCGGUUAUUACUUCACUAAUCUGUGUUGUGCGGUGUCGUUCAUUGAGAACCUGACGGCGGAGUCUUUGAAUAUGGACAAGAAAGAGUUUGACUGCUACAUGGCCAUGCCGGCUUCUAUUGGCGGCAGCACCUGGGCCGCAGCCUUGUCUUUAUGCGGAGCAGUGCGUGAGGCGGACGAGCAAAAGUUGCAGACUGAGAAACUGAUGGAGGAAGUAAAGGCGUUGCGCACUAAAGCUCACCAGCUCGCUGCAAAUGCUGAGACUUUCGAGAAAGAAAUAGCCAAGAAGGUUCAAGAUGUGUUAGCCAAAACACCGCUGGAGAUAAAACCACGUCGAAUACCUCCGAGACUCGCGUCAUUGAGGAAUUCCACAACACCCCUCAUAGACCUUGAGACUCCACAACCUUCCAUACAAAUCAAACAAGAUGUUCCAUACAAUCCAAACGCAGAAAUAUCCGAUGUAAACCCAAUCCCUCAAAUACCAAAACUGGAAAUAAAUGAUGUAAAUAUAAUACCACAAAUUCAAAUAACAGACAAGAAUCCAGUCUCGCAAAUACUGGAUACAAACGCAAUUCCAUCUGAAAUUCCAGAAAUAAAUCGGAUUCCACAAGUACAAAUAUCGGAUGUAAAUCCAAUAGCUCAAAUGGAUAAACAUUCGAUUUCACAAAUACUGGAUGGAAACCCAGAAAUCCCACAGAUUGAAAUACCAGAAACUAAACCGGUUCAAGAACCAGUUAUGGUAACAAUCGGCCAGAUGGUUGGUGAUGAUAUUGUAGACUUCCAAACGACACCAAAAUCACCGAAAUCACCACACAAAAUGCCAUGGGAAUUAAAACAUACUGGCUCCUUUGAAAUUUUAACGCCUUCUCCGCUCGGGUUCACUCCCUUCGACUCAAGAUCUAUAGAUGAAUUGAUGACACCGGAUGAAUUUGGAUCAGACCUAGCUCCAGGACUGAGUAAUAUCAACUAUGAUAUCGAUUUAUCAGAUUUCAGUGGUGAUAACAGUUUAGCAGAGGACCUACCGAAGCCAAAAGACCCGUUUUCACCAGACGGAAUAAAGAAGGAACCGAUUUUCGAUCCAUUCAGUCCUCAAACAAGCCAGAAUAUGGCACAUCUUGAGAAAUUCGAUGAGUUCAGUUUAGUCAACCCUGGUUCGGAGGCGGAGGCUUUUGAGGUGGUUCACAGACAGUAUCAACCUUUGGAUCAAAGUAGGGAUCCAUUCAGUCCAGUCCAAAAGGAGGGAACAUCUAUUUUGGAUGACAGUGGAUCACCCACUGCGGCGUGUCUUUUACCGUCACCUUUGCUACCACAGACGAGCAAACAAUCAUAAAUAAAAAUUAGAUAAGAUAUACAUAUAUCCACUAACGGUUUAGUAACGAUAAAACAUAACGAUAAAUGACAUUGGAAUACCGCUACAAUUAACUUUAUCUUUUUAAUGAAAAUAUGUUUUCGUAGUUUGAACGUUAGCCAUCCCUGAAAUCCGUUUUAGUGGGGUCUAAUUAAUUCAAAAACUUAAAUGAAAAAUCUCAUGCGGUUUUAGCUAGACCUUGAUUAUGUCAGUUCAGUUAAUCUGUUCACUUAUAACGUAAAUUAUACACAAUUUCAAAAUAAAAUGUACGGCAGAAACAGUUUCCAAUACGUGAUGUGUUGAAAGUGUGUAAACCCUAAAAGUGUUAAUUAAUUUUAUUUUCUAAAAUGAUCAGACAUUUUUAUUUUGCGCAAUUGUUGAUGUGUUAAUAAAUUAU